AUGAAAAAAGACCAGCGAAAAAAGACCUACGAAAGAGAAAACAACGACAAAAAAUCAGGCGACUCGCACGCACGAGCGAGGCCUAUCCCGUCGCCACCGCCCGACGCCGCCAGCCCCGUCCUCCUCCCUGGCUCCCGGCGCCGCCCGCCCCCCAUCUCCUCCUGCGAUCCUGGCGUCGCCCCGCCCCACCUUCUCCCUCACUUCCGGCGCUACCUAUCGAUCCCCUCGACGACACAGAGCCGCCGUCCUCUCGUGCGAUCUCGCAGCCGCAUCCGCCAACGCCGAUUCGGGCAGACGCGGCCGUCGUGGAUCACGAGGAUCCUGAUGAUGGGGGCGUGGAGAUGGCCAUGGAUCUGUUACGGCGACGACGGCGCCGGAUCCGCACCCGCAACAUCCGGAUGGAGGCCGGCGACGAACCCUAGCCUAGCCGUCAGCAUCGGGAUCCAACCCCUUCUCUCGGUGUUGGGGCAAGGCGUAUGGGGGUGCUUGUUGCGGCGGUGGACCUCGACCCGGCGACAUCUGCAGCAUCUCCCUCCCGUCGGGCUGCAGGACCUGUACGCCCAAGGUCUGCUACUGCGUGCAUGACAACAUGAGGUGUCGCAAUCGGUGCGGUAUGCUGGUGAUAGAUGUUCUCGAUUGUGAUGCCCAAGCCUGUCUGCCGCAAUUGUGUGUUCGUUACUGCUGAG